AAUCAUUAGUACAACAGUUCCCAGAACCCAUAGGAGGUAUCCGGCAUUCCCAGAAUACCUUGCGGUGUUUUGAAGUUAUCCAAAAUGGAGGCGAUCUUCCACGAAAAGCAAGAAGGCUCCCUCUGUGCACAGCACUGCCUUAACACUCUGUUACAAGGUCCAUACUUCACAGCUGUUGACUUGGCUGCCAUAGCUCAGCACUUAGAUGAAGAAGAGCGACGCAGGAUGGCCGAGGGGGACACAGAGUCUGAGGAGUACAGGAAAUUUCUAGAACAACCUUCCUCAAACAUGGAUGAUAGUGGGUUCUUUUCAAUUCAGGUACCAGUUACAUCCCAAAUUACUUGUUUUAUUCCUAUUUUUUGUCUAUUUGCCCUUUUGUUUUGCCAUUGUUUCUGUUUGAACACUAUGUUUUCUUUUAUUUCAUGUAUUAUGUUCAAGGUAAUCUGCAAUGCUCUUACUGUAUGGGGUCUGGACCUAGUUCCUUAUUCAAGCCCUGCAGCACAAGAUGCUAGGAAAAACCCACAAAAUCAACAAGCAUUUAUAUGUAAUCUACAGCAGCACUGGUUCACAUUACGAAAACUUGGGAAUCAGUGGUUCAAUAUAAAUUCCCUAAAGACAGAGCCCGAGCUAGUAAGCGAGACAUAUCUCUCCAUGUACCUCACACAGCUUCAAGCAGAAGGUUAUAGUAUAUUUGUGGUGCAUGGAAAAUUACCAGAGUGCGAAGCAGACCAGUUAUUGAGACUGUGCCCUGCUCUACCUCAUAAGAAACCUGCACCCAGGGACAAGAAAACAUCACAUCAACUUAUCAACAAAGCAGACUUAUCAUCAGCUCUAAGGGAUAUGGGGAACACCUCUCAGUCGUCUGCAGAACCAGCCAAGCCUGUUGAUCUAGAUGACGUUAGAAGAAAAAGAGCCGAAUAUUUUGAGAAACGUAAUAAGGGUGGGGGAGCAGAAGCCAUAGAGCAUGCUGGGAGCUCCACAAAUAGCAACGCAAUGGUUGUGACGGACCAGCGAAUGUCAGAAAUGACAGAAGAUGAGAUGCUACAAGCUGCUCUCUCGCUCUCUCUACAAGGACAGUCCUGACUCAAUAAACGACUCGUAUGACAUGUAACAUGCAUGCGACAGACAGGAAUCCUGGCUUGCAUGGUUUUAGAUUCUUGCAGCCUCGAAAAGCUUUCAACACGCACGCCACACACUACGCGUGAUAAGCAUGGUACAAGCUGCUGUCUCUGCCGACAGGAAUCCUGACUCGCAUGGUAUAAGAACCUUGCAACCUCGCAAAACUCGCAUACAAGCAUGUAUCAACGGGGACCCAGGGCGUCUUUCUUUCUCGCACGCUCCCUGUGUGCCCGAUCUCCUCGACACCCUGGGUCCCCGAACAUGGACAAACAUGCUACAAGUUGCUUUGCCUAAGGACAGGACAAUCCUGACUCUAAAUUACCAGAAUGGGAUUGGAACCUUAUGACACACUAUGUGUGAUACGCACCACACGUUAUUUGUGUUAUUAGCGAUGCACAUGCGUGACAAGCAAAGUGCAAGCUGUCUCGCUAGUUCGAUGGCAGGAAAUGUGCACUUGCAUUCCAUGAGACACACUUAAGUACAAGCUGCUAAUUACAAAUAAAAUAGUGAAAUUGA